ACAAGUUUUUUACUCUAGGGAGAAUGAAACAUCUAAUUGGUAUGUUGUUUUGCAAGCAUCACCAAGAGACUUUCACGCGUUACAUAUGGAAGAAGAUACUUCUUAUGAGGCAACUAUUCCAUUGGAUGUAACACAAAUUGAAGACACUCAUGAGGAGGAUGAGAGUUUUGCAAGGAUAGAUGUUGAAGGCAUAUUAUGUGAUAUAUAAAUUGAUUAGUUUGAUUCGUACUUUCUCAAGUGGCUUUUUGGAACUAGGUGAUAUUAUUAAAUAUUCGCAUGAUGGAUAAAGCUCAGUCAAAUAAGCAAGCUUCCAAGAGUUCUAAAAGACGAAGCACUGCGAUUGCUGUUGCAAUUCGGGAGACAAAUAAAAGAGUACGACCUUCUUGUGAACCUAGAGAUACCAUGUCUACUCCAAUUACUGGGGAUCAAAACAUGACUUCGACAAGUGUAGAUGCUACAAAGAAGAAAAGAGGUCCAACUCAUUUGAAAAUGGUUGCUGAAAAUAACUAUUAGAAAAUGGAGCUUGAAUUCAAUGAAUUCGGGCAAGUAGUUGGCCAUAACUCUGAUAAAUUUGUCAGCAUAGCCGGAGCCAUAGUGCGGGAGUACGUGCCAGUUGUUAUUAAAAAUUGGCCUUCAGUGGAUGACAGUAAAAAAAUUGAACUUUGGAAUUUUAUACAGCAAAGAUUCAAUGUCAAUGACUGCCAUCAAAAAAUGGCAUUUCAAUGUAUGGGAACAUAUUGGAGGACAUUCAAAUCGAGAUUGAGAAGAGAUAUCAAACGUCAAGUACCAUCUGCCGUGAAUAGAAAACGUGCUAUUGCCCUUCUUAGACCGAAGAAUAUAACCUCAGAAGAAGCAUGGGAGAAGUUUGUAGAAGAUACUCUUUCCACUGAUUUUCAAGAAAAAAGUUCUAAGUUCAGCAAAAUGAGAAGUAGUCAGAAGCUUCUCCAUACUAUGGGUCGGAAGGGUUAUUCACGUAUGGCUCACGAUUUGAAAAGAAAGAAUCCAAAUAUAACAGGAUUGAGAACGACAGUAUGGACUCAUGGACAUCUUCGAAAGGAUGGGAAUCCAAUAAAUGAGGCGGUUGCUGAAACUUUGAUGAAGAUAAAAGAUUAUGCCGAGUCAAUUUCUGAUACACCCGUUGAAAAUUCUAUUCGAGAUGAUGCUGUUGCUCGAAUUUUAGGUCCCAAGCGUCGUGGACGAGUAAGGGGACUUGGACUUGGGGUUACACCAUCAAAAAUAGAUGGAAAUACACAAAGCAGUGAGAAAGUGAGAGACCUUGAGAACAAAUUACAAACUCAAUCAGUAAGGAUGGAAGCACUCGAAGAAAAGGUUGAAGCACUUCUGAAGUUAUCCCAGAAUCAAAAUAAGAAUGUAGAGGAUAUGAGUUCACGUGCUUUUACUCCAUAG